CAUCUGCUUUCAUCAUCUCUUAAACAGAACUGUAUCCAGCUCCAUCACUGACAUCAAUCCAGUUCUCAGGCAAGGAUCCCGAGGAGAAGAGAUUAUUUCAAGCUGUGUUUUGGAGAAAAGAGACAGAAACUCAUCAUGUCUUUUGAAGUGAAGGAGAAGACGGAGGUGCGCCUGGUGUUUCUUGGAGCAGCAGGAGUGGGGAAGACAGCCCUGAUCCAACGAUUCCUCAAAGACACCUUCGAGCCAAAGCACCGGCGCACAGUGGAGGAGCUCCACAGGAAGGAGUACGAGGUGGCGGGUGUCAAAGUCACCAUCAACAUCAUGGACACCAGUGGCAGCUACUCCUUCCCCGCCAUGAGGAAGCUCUCCAUCCAGAACAGCGACGCCUUCGCCCUGGUGUACGCCGUGGACGACCCAGAAUCCCUGGAGGCGGUGAAGACUCUGCGAGAGGAGAUCCUGGAGGUCAAAGAGGACAAGUUCACGCCAAUUAUGGUGAUAGGCAACAAGAUAGACCGCCUGGACGAGCGCCAGGUGUCCAGCAAGGACGUGCUGUCCAUGCUGGAGCAGGACUGGAACCACAGCUUCAUGGAGUCCUCCGCCAAAGACAACGUCAACGUGAUGGAGGCUUUCAGAGAGCUGCUCCAGCAGGCCAACCUGCCCAGUAGGUUCAGCCCGGCCCUGUUCCGGAGACGAGAAACCUUCCCCAAGGAGAACAGCAAACGACCCAAACUGAACAAGACCAACAGCUGCCUCAUCACAUAAGGAUGGGGAGCUGCUCGGUGGGCAACAACGCCAAAAGAGAACGAAAAAACUGCUCACGAGAGACAGAAAGGACUCUCUUGGUGGGGAGUUACAUACCAAGAGACAGUAUUAAAGACUUUAGUGAAUGUCUUCUGGCUUGAAAGCAUGACAUCCAACUCUGCAACAGCACUGGAGGCACAGAGAUUCUCCAAUGAGAACGGACAUGUCAACAGAUAUCAGAUUAACGACGAAUGUGGUUGGCUUUUUCUUUAAAACUAAAAAAAUGUGCACUUACUGUGAAUGUCAAAAAUGAUGAUGUAAUAAAAUGUGUAGAAGCAGCGUUAUGUUCAAAUGUGUGAGGUUUUAUUUUGAAGUUUUUGUUACUGGUGUUAAAGAAGUGCAAUAAUUGUGAAGUGAUGGGUAUUAAUGCAAAAAUGUGUGUGACAUAAGAUUGUUUUAAGAAGUGAACAACAAGGAGAACAGUUUAUAUUUUUGAUAUCUGCACAUCAGAUGUUGUGAAUUAUCGUACAGCCUUUUGAAAUGAUUAAUGAUGUUUAUCCCUCUUUUUGUUUGACUUAAUAAAUCCCUUUUUUUUAUUGUUU